AUGCUGCCCAACAGGUCCAUCAGUCCAACCAAUGAAAACGACCCACCUCUUCACCGAAAACGUCGCUCGACAUCUCCGGUCGAACGAGCUUCCGGCCAGGACAAACCCGAGUCAUUCGAACGAUUACAGGUCGAUGUCCCUAGAAUAUACGAUAAUGAUCCCGCUCGUCGCCGAGAAAGAGAGGAACAACUCCGGAUUCGGUUGGCUGAACAAGAACUCGCUGGGAUCGUCAAACCCAAACCUGACCCAAAACUUGAGAUGCAAAAAAUGGCUGCCACUAGAGGCGGUGGUGCCUAUAUCCCACCAGCACGCCUCAGGGCUAUGCAAGCUCAGAUGGAGGUCCAGGAUCCUUCAAGUCCAGAAUACCAGAGAAUCCGUUGGGAUGCUUUAAGGAAAUCUAUCAACGGUUUGAUCAACAAAGUGAAUGUUGGUAACAUCAAAUUCAUAGUACCCGAGCUCUUUGGUGAGAAUCUAAUUAGAGGACGCGGACUAUUUGCACGAUCGAUAAUGCGUGCCCAGGCUUCCUCGCUCCCGUUUACGCCAGUCUUUGCUGCAUUGGUAUCGAUCAUCAACACCAAACUACCCACAGUAGGAGAACUGAUUGUGACCCGAAUAGUCAGUCAAUUCCGACGAGCCUACCGUCGAAACGACAAGGUGACCUGUGUGGCGACCUCGACGUUCAUUGCCCAACUUGUCAAUCAACAAGUUGCUCAUCAUCUUCUCGCCUUCGAGAUCAUCAUCCUCCUGCUCGAAAAACCCACGGAUGAUUCGGUUGAGAUCGCGGUCGGAUUCACCAAAGAGGUCGGCGCCUUCUUAUCUGAGGCUGAACCGAAGGCCAACAACAGCGUCUAUGAACGUUUCCGAUCGAUCCUACACGAGGCUACUAUUAGCAAAAGAGUCCAAUAUAUGAUCGAAGUCCUCUUCCAGGUCAGAAAAGAUCGAUUCAAAGACAAUCUCGUCCUUCCUGAAGGCUUAGAUCUCGUCGAAGAGGAUGACAUCAUCACCCAUCCCAUCCAUCUGGAUGAUGACUUGCAAGUCCAAGAUACACUGAACGUGUUCAAGUUUGAUCCCGACUACACCGAAACUGAAGAAAAAUAUCAAAGCAUUAAGAAUGAGAUCCUUGGAGUAGAUUCUGACUCGGGUUCCAGUGGGUCGGAAAGUGGUAGUGAUGAAGAGAGUUCUGAGGAAGAGCCUGACACUGGAAUAGUCGAUGGAAAAGUCACUAUACACGAUCAUUCGGAGACCAAUCUGAUCAACUUCCGUCGAAACGUUUAUCUAACCAUCAUGUCUUCACUAGAUUUCGAAGAAGCUGCGCAUAAGUUACUCAAGCGGAACAUCGAAGAAGGACUUGAACUAGAACUAGCCAAUAUGGUUGUUGAGUGUUGUUCACAAGAACGAUCGUAUGCGAAAUUCUACGGCUUAUUAGGAGAAAGGUUUUGUAAGCUUAAUCAAACAUGGACGAUGACAUUCGACCAAUGUUUCCGAAACUAUUACGAUACGAUCCAUCGUUUCGAGACCAAUCGAUUACGGAAUAUCGCGAGAUUCUUCGGCCAUCUGUUAGCUCAAGAUGCUAUCCCAUGGUCGGUGUUUGAGGUGAUCAGAAUGAACGAAGAUGAUACGACGAGUAGUUCUCGUAUUUUCGUCAAGAUCAUGUUUCAGGAGAUCAGCGAGGUCUUGGGUCUUAAACGCUUAGCCGAACGCUUCAAGGAUCCCUCAAUGCAAGUCUGGUAUGGGGGCUUAUUCCCUAUCGAUAAUCCCAAGAACACUAGGUUCUCAAUCAACUAUUUUACCAGUAUCGGUCUUGGAGUCUUGACUGAGGAAAUGCGUGAACAUCUCAAACGAGCCCCACAAUUAAUCAUGGCUAAGCGACGGGAAUUAGAUGAAGCAGAAGCAUCAUCAGAUGAUGAUGAUUCGAGCUCGGACAUUUCGUCGAUUUCAUCGACUGAUUCUAGUGAUUCGGAUUCGGAUUCCAGUAGCUCUGAUCGAUCGAGCGUAUCUCGAGAUCGAAGAGGCGCUAGGAAUGGACGUCGCCCUCGUCGGGAUUCUCCUUCUCCGGUUUACCGUCGUGGCGCGUCUGGUAGGCAUAGGGACUCCCGAUCUCCUGUCAGACGUCUCGACUCUCGAUCACCCGUUAGACGCCGCGAAUCCAGGUCCCCUGUCCGAGGCCGCGACUCUCGUUCACCGGUUCGACGCCGGGACUCUCGAUCGCCUGUAAGACGCCGGGAGUCCCGGGACUCCCGCUCGCCUGUGAGGCGCCGUAGGUCCCCUUCUCCAGUCAGACGACGCGGUUCACCAUCUCCAGUCAGACGACGCGGUUCACCAUCUCCUGUCAGACGACGCGGUUCACCUUCCCCUGUCAGACGCCGAGGUUCACCGUCUCAAGUCAGACAUCGAGACUCCCCCUCCCCAGUCAGACGUCGAGGUUCCCCUUCUCCAGUCAGACGGCGCCGUUCUCCUUCACCUGCUAGACGUCGAGGCUCUCCUCCUCCCAGACGCCGAGGCUCACCUUCUCCUGUCAGGCGCCGAGGUUCACCGUCUCCAGUUAGACACCGCGACUCUCCCUCUCCUGUUAGACGCCGAGACUCUCCUUCUCCUGACAGACGCCGCGACUCUCCUUCUCCGGUGAGACGCAGGGGUUCACCCUCUCCCGUUAGACGCCGUGGCUCUCCGUCUCCUGUCAGACGCCGUGGCUCCCCUUCUCCGCUUAGACGCCGGCGCUCACCCUCUCCUGUCAGACGCCGGGGCUCUCCUUCUCCCGUUAGACGCCGCGACUCCCCCUCUCCUGUUAGACGCCGCGACUCCCCCUCUCCUGUUAGACGCCGCGACUCUCCCUCUCCUGUUAGACGCCGAGACUCUCCUUCCCCUUCCCCUGUCAGGCGUCGUGGUUCACCGUCUCCUGUCAGACGUCGUGGUUCACCCUCUCCAGUUAGACGCCGCCGAAAAUAAAUGUUCCCUCCCUCUUCAGUUUUUACAAGAAAUGAAAGAUUGUUAUUGUUUUUUAAUCCUGCACUCAUGUCACCUUUCCUUUAUUGAAUUGAAAAAAAACCCCUUUCUUUCCACAAAUAUUUGGCAAGAGUUCAGAUACAACAGUUAUAUAUAUAUAUGUGUGUGUAGGUAGAUAAAAAGAAUAAAAUUGGGCAAAAAAGCAAUGGAGGAUAACAAAUUGACUGAUCUUCAUGAGUUCCUGUGUCACAGUAGAUUUGGUACUUCUUGUCUUCCACUUUCACUAUCAUUUUUCCUUUUCCGGAUUAUGCCCCCCCCCCUUAUAAUGUAUGAGUGAUUACAAGAAAUCAAACUGUCUGCAUCUCUUUUGCUAACAAC